UACCCAGCCCAGCAACUUAAACCUAAUACGCUCUAUUUGAACUCACUCCCCCUUCUGCCGCUUCAUUCAACAUCGAGCAUCACUCAGACCAUCCUGUGAUUAAACCUUUGUUCUUCCGCUGACCAUCGUCCAUUUGUGUGAUAUCGACAUAUGUUCUAUUUUUCCGGCUGAGGGAUCACAAGGUUUUAUUGUGCUGUCAAAUUCUCAGUGUUCACCCUUCGAACCCUAGCAUCGGCUGCAGAAUCUUUAUACACCCAUCGCAGGAUUGAGGACCUCGCCUCCCGUGGUCUAAGAUGGUGCACGUCUCCUACUACCGGAACUAUGGAAAGACAUUCAAAAAGCCACGUCGCCCAUAUGAGAAGGAGCGUUUGGAUUCUGAAUUGAAGCUUGUGGGUGAGUAUGGUCUCAGGUGCAAGCGGGAGCUGUGGAGAGUGCAGUAUGCUUUGAGUCGUAUCAGGAAUAAUGCACGAAAGCUUCUAACCCUUGAUGAAAAGGAUCCAAAGCGUAUUUUUCAGGGCGAUGCACUUUUGAAGAGGAUGAAUCAGUAUGGGUUGCUGGAUGAGAGCCAAAACAAGCUUGAUUAUGUGCUUGCCCUCACUGUUGAGAAUUUCCUAGAGCGCCGUCUACAGACUUUGGUCUUCAAGGCUGGCAUGGCCAAGUCCAUCCAUCAUGCUAGAGUUCUCAUUAGGCAGAAGCACAUCCGAGUUGGAAGGCAGGUGGUCAAUGUUCCAUCCUUUAUGGUCAGGGUGGACUCACAGAAACACAUUGAUUUCUCACUGUCCAGUCCCUUCGGUGGUGGUCGUCCAGGAAGAGUGAAGAGAAAGAACCAGAAGGCAGCUGCGAAGAAGGCUGCUGGUGGUGAUGGAGACGAAGAAGAUGAGGAAUGAUCAUAUCUUAAAUGAGUCUAGAACCAUGGAGCUUGUGUGCUUGGUUUUUCUUUUCUGUUUUAUUACCGCAGUUCGGAUGUUAUCUGCCCCCAACCAUUUUCCUAAAAUGAUUUUGGAUAUUGUGUUUUGUUUUGUCUUAUUUAUAUACUCCAAAAUGGGACGGAGGAAGUAUAAUAUUCCUAUCGAAUACUGAUGAAUUUUUGUAAUGUUAGUUUUCCUACUCCAUGCUACGUACGUAGUACUAUUCCUACCUGUCACCAUAUCUCUCUU